GCGUAGGCAAGCCAGUGGCUCCUGGACCUAUGGGGACACAGCUGGACUGUAGGAAUCAAGACGGUGGAACACAAAGCUGAGCCUGAAUUGUGAGACAAUUCGUUGAACUCUGGAACAAUCACCUGGACUUUAGCCAUAACUCGUGGCUGGAACUGUGAGAAACUCAGCUGGACUGUGAGACACAAUACUGGACUGUGGAACUAAUGUUUAUCCUGUAAGACGCUUAGUUGCCCUCUGGAAGACUCAUCUGAACGGGGGAACAUUGAGUUGAAGUGGAGAACAUAUGGCUGGAUUGUGAGACUCAAAACUGGACUGUGGCUGUGCCAUGAAACCAAUUAUUGGCUUCUGAGAAAGUCACCUGGACCGAGCAGCACGUGGCUGGUCUGUGGAGCACACGGCAAGCCCCAGCAGAGGGAGACAAGGAAGAGAAAGCGGGAGACAAAGACUGUGUUUGGGCAAUGGGGACCCAUGAGUGUUGUCGCACACGGCUGCUUCUAAUCACCACAUUCUUCUGGGUUUCAUUUGUGCUCGUGGUCAUCGGUGUGCCAGACGACGAGUGCCCGGACACCAACCCGGCGAGCGAGACCUGCGAGUACGACGAGGUGUGUGACGAGGCGCGCUGCAAGUACAACGAGUACGCCACCUGCCACCCCAACCGCUGCGGCACCUGCGAGGCGGUGUUCCGCACCUACGACCACGCCAUGGUGAACUGCACCCGGCUGACCCCCAAGUGUCGCCUCAUGCACCUGGAGAUGCUGCACAACCGACAGAGCGCGGCGGGGAGCAGCGCCAGCGACGAGGUGUGGGACCUCGUCGACCUGGACGAGCCCUUCGAGCCCUCCUGCCACUCCAAUGGCUCGUUCCAGUCCAAGCAGUGCGACAGCGACUCGGGGCUCUGCUGGUGUGUGGACAGCGCCGGCGUCCGCGUCACCGACAAGAAGGUGGACGGCCCGCAGUGCGUGCGCCUCGUCCAAGUGCAUCUCAUACAGAUUGACUUGGAGUUUCGAGAUGACACGAACAAAAUUAUUCUGGGGAGAACACCUGAACUAAAACGACGAGUGGCAGAAAUGAUGGUGAGAGAAUACACGAUUAAGAAGAGCCAGAUUGUAGAAAUAAGCGUGAAGGAAACCCAACUGAAGGUGUCCAUCAAGAUCAGUGAAAACAACACAAAGGAGCCUGUGGACAUCGCGACUGUGGCAUACUACGUGGAACGGGACGUGAAGCGCAACGUGCUGCCGCUGGUGGUGGCCGGACACCGUCUGGAGCCGCGCGUCGUCCUCGUCCUCUACUUCGACAACGAGGCCCCGCGUAUCAACAUGAAGAGCGUGUUCCCUGGCGUGGCGGCCAUCAUCAUCGUCAUCGCACUCGCCGUGCUCACCGGAAUAUCCGUGUUUGUUGUUGUCACGCGGCGAUCACAGGAGGAGAAGUACAGGGUGUACUUCAUCGAGGAAGGGCAGGAGAUGGUGGAAAGAAGAGAAGGAAGCUUGGAAAUUGAAUAAUGCUUCAACGCUGAACACUCAAAUGCUACAAUAAGUUAUUCUUACCAAAAUUGUGUGCAAAAUAGUACCAUCUUCCCCAACACGAUUUCCCCUUUUUUAAAUCCUUUAUAUUAAGUUCACUUGCUUGCUUGCUUAGGACCGUGCAAAUCUUUCGGUCGUUUUUUAACCCACUUCCCGUGAUCCAAUCGAGCUGACAUUUUCCACACAGACUCGUUGUGCGUGACAAUUAAUGUUCGUGAAAAUUUUUUUCAAAAAUUUUACACUUUUUAGGACAAAAAUAUAAUAUUUAAUUACCAAUUGCUUAAUGCUGCCAUGCAAUCAUCUGACCCAUAGGUGGCAGCCGUCUCAAGCCAGAGGACGAGAGGACUCUAGCCGCCACGCAUAUAAAGGAUUUAUAGUGAAAAACUUUGUUUUUACGGGUUAUACUUGUUUUUACUCACAAUCAAGCAAAGAAAAGAUGUUGGUUUAACACGUAGGCUUCAAUUUAACACGUAGGCUUAUGGACGUAGGCUUUCACGACCAAUAUUAUCCAUAAUCGAGGUUUUUGGGUUAGAUCACGUAAAUAUAAAUGUGUCGUUAAACCAGCCAAUUCGAUGUGUCAAGUAAAACAUGGGAAUCUGUUACGAGUUCGUUACGAGUUCAGCACACUGGUGUGUUGGAGAGUAAACCCACAACAUUUACAUUGUGGUGUGCUGAACUAGUGACGAAUUGCCAUGUUUUGUUUAUAUGUGUUAUUACCCAUUAUAGUCCACAACAGUAUAUAUUGAUUAUAUAAUAGAAUACUAUUUACUUAUUUAUCUAUCUAAGAAAGCACCCAGUCCCAAGACUCUUGUUCAGGAGGGUCCAGCAUUGGGACGUUUGGCCCACUCAAAUUAUACUUUGUUUUUAGCUGUGGGAGGAAACCCACGCAGAACAGGGUGAGAACUUACAAAAUCAAAUGGCUGAUUUGUAAAAAUGUAUAUUGCAUUAAAGCGGGCCCCAUCAUUUAGGCAUAGUACAUGCCAAUCACAUCCGGCAACCAUAAUCAGAAUAUGUUUAACAAGCCUGACUCCGCUAAUGAGAUCCAUAAUGUAAAACACUUUUCCAGAAUGUGCUUGCUUAAACAAUGCUGCUCGCUGAUAUUGAUCUGGAAAGCGAAUAGGCCAAUAGGCAAUAGACUACAACACAUUUUAUUGAAUGUGGAGACAGAACGGAGGUUUGUUUAUAUAUGUUAUUACCCAUGAUGUUCCACAAAACAAUGCCAAAUUAGUUUCCAAAAAUAACAUUGAAGUCAUACAAAUAUCAAAUGUCGAUCACUAAACUGUGACUGCAUAAGAAACACUGGCUUAACGUGUUGGUAGUAACCUGUACAAUAUAUUUAGGGGGAUUAAACAGUUACCUCCUACCUCCAAGCCAUGGGCCAGAGCAGACAUUAGUACUACCUAAGGCAGACACACUUUAGUCGUGCCAAUUUAUUUCUAUGGCUAACGAGAGUUCAUUACUCGGUAACCUCGCUCAUUAUAAAUUCCACCACAUCUCCACUGUUGUUGGCUGCGUCGAUAAAUGGGAACCGCUCGGAGUUGCGUCACCUUCGAUGGUACCGACAAGUGAAAUAUCUGGUGUGGACUCAGGGACGAUGUCCCUUUUAUAGAUAUGUAGUCCAUAGAUAGGAGGUCAUUGUUUGUCAGUCGCUGCACAAGACUGACUACGUUAUAAUUGGUGUCUUUUAACUUGUUGUGUGUUAAAGUCGACGCCUAGUCGGGCGAGCGGUAGUGUAGCGGCUCCCGCUCACGGCCAACACCAGCGACGAUGAUCUGAAAUCGGUCCUGGACCUCUCCUAGAUCGACUCAGCCUCAAAUGAUGACCUGCUGUGGGGUGUAAACAUCGCAACUGGGGAGGCGACAAAGGCGGCUCUCGCCGCGGCGUUGGCCACCCAUCCCCUCGUGUGCCGCCUUUGUCUUCAUAGGUGCUCCUCGCUAAUAGCACUUGCCCCAAUAGUAUGUUAAGGCUAUAUGGGGGAUCUUUGUCUAUUGUCACCCACAGUCAACGUCAGUCGCCGGUGGCUACAAUUGUGUCUGGUGCUCACCAGUGAUCUGUCUGCGUUAACACAAAUAUGUUCAGAAAAUGGGAAGUUGAAGAGAGGUGCCCUCCUUCACGAGCAGCUGAGAAUGUUUUUUUUAAUGAUGAGGUUAUGGACAAGAGGAAUUCUGUAAGUUGAAAUCUGUGCUUUAACUUGAAAUCACAUGCAACUCCGCAGAGUGGCAAAACACAAAUGAAGCAAUUGAGCAGCCACGUUGUGCUUGCCCUCGGCCGCUGCACAUCAACUACAGCUGACAGCAAUAGCUGCAAAAGAUGUUGGGUUUAUCGCAGCUGACUGUAUUCCGGUUGGAUCAACCCAGAGACCAGAUUCCUGAAGUCCCCUCGCCACGCAAACUCGUCCACACACCCUGGCAGGAGCGGUGGACGGCCACGUGUGAACCGAGUCGUUUGACUGUUUUCUGCUUCAGCUUGGCAAAGCUGCGCGUCGGUUUUGGAGAAAAUGCUUAAAAGUAAGUGUUUUUUUUAAAAUGACAUUUGCGAUUCUUGCUCGACUGCUGUUUUGGGAAAAGAAAAAAACGGCACUGAUGCGUUCGCUGCAGUAGUCAGAAUCCUUAACACGAGCAAUGCGGUUUCCGUGUUAGAAGUGGGAGAAAUGAUUUCAUUAUAUGUAAAUAAAUCAGCGUUAUAUAGUGUUCCUUUCUCCUCGUCUCAUAAACACAUUUAAAAAAUGAACAGUCAUCCUGUUUUUGAGUGAAAUAAUGUUUAAAUGUUUAAACGUUAUUUUUGGUACAUUUACACGAUUGAGUUUCCAAACGAAUUUAAACAAAAAUAUUUUGCUCGUGUGAACCAAACA